CCGAGCAGAACGACAAAGCGGAAAAAUCGAGAGCACGCAUAUCGGAUCGGUAGUAGGAGGUGUCAUUUGUAGUUUGGAGGACAAUUCCCUAAAUAAUUUAAACCCUGCCAGUCUGAAAGGAUAAAGUUCAAUCGCAUUGAGUUCGCAAGUAGCAGCGGAAGCAGAUGCCAAGUGUGUGAAUCCGGGUGCCGAAUUACUGUUUGGUUAACGAAAAAAAUAGCCUUUUGAAGCAACAACUUACUGUGAAGGAUUGAAGUCUGGUUUUUUAUGCACAUACACACCCGCACGCCCUCCCAGCAAGCGACGGAGUGAUGAUGUUCCUGACAAAAAAGGAGUGGAAAAAUCUCGCCCGAAAGCUCCGGUUUUCCCCGCGGAGGCGUUACUAUGUGAUUUCAGCGAUUGCCCUGGCGGUGGUCAUUGUGCUGGUCUAUUGCAGUAUCACGUCGUCCUACUAUUGCUUCGACACCGGAGUCGAGUGGAAGGUGACCAAAUUUUGCCAGAGGCAGGGUCUCUCCGGCAGCAUGUGCCCGGAGUUUUGCAGCCGAAGUGGCGUAUUCUGGGAUCUGCGAUGUCCACAGCCAAGCCUCGAGAUACAUCACCCGAAUCGGUUCCAGCUCAAGCGGCAGGACACCCCACUGGCUGUGAUUCAAGCAGUACCCAACGAGAACUACGAAAAGCUUUUCUGGGUGGACAGCUACUAUCACAAGGAACAUUACCCAACUGAGAUCGAGUACGAGAACAUCGUCAAGCGGUACAUAUCGAACAAGUACAACAUGGAGAUUCCCUACGAGAAGAUCCGCACGCUGAUGCGAUUGACCCACAAGGAGAACAUUCCGAUGUUCCACCACAGCAUGCGGGAUAGCUGGAAUCUGAUUCAGAAUCACGAGUUUGUAAUGGCGGUAAUGUUCAACGAGAACGAUCUGUUUCCGUACGUGGAGGGGAACUGCGCCGAGAUGUUUACCUCGGAAAAGCUAAAUGCAUUGGAUUUCGAUGACAGUCGGUAUUAUUUUGGAAGCCAUAUAACGUUGGACCGCUGGCGGUACCACAUUAAGAUGGCUGUGCUGAUUCUGGAUUACAUGGACGAGCUGGACCAGCAUGGAAUUCAAAUGUGCCACGUGGAUUUAACUCGGUUCGGGAUCAACAACAAUCGGCUGAAGUAUGACGAUCUGAGGUUUGUCUUUACCGAUUAUACUAUCAAUAGAAAGAUUUCGAGUGGUAGCUACUGCACGCAUGAUGAGCACUGCUAUUUCAUGAACUGCAAGUCGGAGUGCAACGUGGAGAAGAAUCGCUGCGAGUCGACGGUGAUGAACAACAACGUGCAGAUCGUUUGUGAUAAGGUCUUCCUUGGGACAAAGCGUUACCCUGGCAUUCUGAUAACGCAAAAAUCGCCGGAUCGAUUGCACAUGUUGUUGGAGCGCUGUGCGAAUCCAACGCAGAACCGGGACGUGUCACGUGCUCGACCAUUAGGUACCUCUGAAGAGCUGAGGAAACAGUUGUACAACGAAUUGACCAGCAUCUACGAGAAACUUGCUCUGAUCAAUGCUCCGUAAUAGGACAUGGUGGAUUUACCCCGGCCGGUGAAUGUGCGUCGUUUGUCGAUCGUUGUUCAUUUGUGUGCGAUGUGCGGUUCACUUUUUUGAACUAUGGACAGCUUUUUACGGUAUUACGUAGGUGUAUAUUAUGUACCACGAGGAAAGUGAUGAUCAACGUGAACGAAACUAAUCGAGGGUUUCAAACCUGAAAACGUAUUAUUUUUGUAGGCUUUGUAGAUUCUAAGGUAAACUAUAGGCUUCUCGUGGAUUUCAAGAGAAGCAAAACCAAAUUUGCCAAUGACACAAUCAUUUGGAAUUUUGAAAGUUCAACAACUUAUUUGAUAGUGAUCAAACUUUUUAGUGAAACAAAAAUCAAGACCAACUGAAACCAUGCAGUCAAAAAGUAGCAUUUAGAGAGAUUGUAACUAUCUUUUUUUACAGCUAACAAUA